ACCCACAAACCAGAGUCCCCACGGUUGGAACAGCAGUGUCUGCGACGAAAGCACUGUGGCAGUUACACCUGUGUCCCAUACCAAAUAAGACGAAAGGCAAACCGGAUGGUAAAAUCUUGGCUGUAAUUUGGAGGAAUGUGGAUUAAGCUACAGGCGCGAGUAAGUGUGAUUACCUCCAAACAACAUGACAACGGAGAUAAACUUUACAACACUUCUCAACGUGUCUGACAUCAAUAACAACUCAAGAGGAUGUUCCCUCACGAAGACUGGGUUUCAAUUUUACUAUUUGCCUACUGUUUACAUCUUAGUUUUCCUCACGGGCUUGAUAGGAAAUAGUCUGGCAAUAUGGAUGUUCGUGUUUCACAUGAGACCAUGGAGCAGCAUCUCGGUCUACAUGUUCAAUCUGGCACUGGCGGAUUUCUGUUACGUGCUUUCUCUCCCCUUCCUAAUUUUCUACUACUUUAACAAGACUGACUGGAUUUUUGGCGACGUGCUGUGUCGACUGCAGCGCUACAUUUUUCACGUUAAUCUGUACGGGAGCAUUCUCUUUCUCACCUGCAUCAGCGUGCACAGGUACACAGGAGUGGUGCACCCUCUCAAAUCGUUGGGGAGGCUGAAGAAAAAGAACGCUAUACGCACAAGCGCAUUGAUUUGGUUCGUAGUCACCGUAGGGAUUUCGCCUAUUCUGUAUUAUUCACGCACGGGUUUAAAGAGGAACUCAACGACAUGUUAUGACACCACCACGGAGGAUGAGCUGCCGGGCUACUUCAUCUACAGCAUGUGCAUGACGGUGUUUGGCUUCUGCGUUCCUUUUAUUAUCAUCUUUGGGUGCUAUGGAUUAAUUGUGAAGGCCCUCAUAUACAAUGACAUGGACAAUGCACCACUGAGGAGGAAGUCUAUAUAUCUGGUAAUCAUUGUCCUGGCAGUGUUUGCUGUCUCCUACCUGCCCUUUCAUGUGAUGAAGAAUCUGAACAUGAGGGCCAGGCUUUACUUCCAGAGUCCUGAAAUGUGUGAUUUUAACAAUAAAGUGUAUGCCACUUAUCAGGUUACCCGAGGUCUGGCUAGCCUCAACAGUUGUGUGGACCCCAUCCUUUACUUCUUGGCUGGGGACACAUUUAGGCGGAAGUUCUCCAGAGCCACCAAAAAGACUUACAGAAAGGGGGAGAAUGCGUUGCAGUCCAAGAGUGAGGAGACUGCACUCAAUAGUCUGCCGGACUACACAGGAAACGGAGACCAGCGGCUCUGACUGUGUCUCUUAUGAGUUGUGCGGAGUGGGCUAAACCUGUACAUUUUGUCAAGCUGUUCAUUAAAUGAAUCCAUGUGUGCUGAUGUUUGGAUAGCAUGACUUCCACUCCAUGUUCAACAUGAUGUCGCUGCGACCAAGUCAUAGUACUGUACUUGCCAGUAUUAAUUAGGCUGCUCUUUUCUGAUUAGCUUAUCAUGAAUGGUUAACAAAGUAAAGGUUUUGUUGAGAAUCAAACAUGUAGAGAACAUUGAAGACCAUUCUACAGUCUGCUAUGGAAUGAGCAUGUGUUACAACUGGGGUUGCCCCUAGGAUGAACAAGUAAAUGUAAUUUAUGUAAGUUAAACAAGCUAAAGUGAGAUUUUGAGAAUGCAACUUUAAGCACUUACUAACAGUUCCUUUAUUGUACCCGAGAUGCUCAAACUGUGUGUCUAGGAACUGCAAAGCACUAUGAAUUUUAAUAUUUUUGAGCAUCAUGUAUGAGGUCAGUAUAUUUCUAUUUGAUUCUUCUUUACAUUUUUUUUAAUAAUACAUGUGUUUGUUAUUGUAAGCAAUGUCUUUGUCCCACGCAUAUCAAAUAGCCUUUUUGAUGGUGUAGUAUGAAAAGAAAAACCUCUGAUAAAGCCUUUAUCACCUACUGUAA